AUGAAGUUCAACAGCGUGCUGGCCACUGCGGCCACCUUGGCCCCCCUAGGUGUCUCCGCCGGUCCUACCCCCAAGCCCAGCAAGAUGAGAGAGAUGAUGGCCCUCAAGACCAAGCAGUGGGCCGAAGCCCGCGAGCAGGGCCUCUUUGGCGGAUCUGCCCUCUACAGCAAGGUCACAUCCGCGACGACUUGCAAAAACGGCGUCGCCAACGGCUACCACUGCAACAACGUCGACCUGCACGGGUUCCUCAGCCACGAGGACCUCGGUUCGCAGGAGCAGGCCGGUAACGACGUCUGGGGCUGGACCUCGCCCGACGGCCGCGAGUUCGGCCUUGUCGGCCAGGCGGACGGCACGGCUUUCGUCGAGAUCAACAAGGACGACGGCUCGCUGCGAUACAUCGGCCGCCUCAACACCCAGACCACGGCCUCCAGCUGGCGUGACGUGAAAGUCAUCGGUGACCACGCCUACAUCGGCUCCGAAGCCGCCGGCCACGGCGUGCAGAUUUUCGACCUCACCCGGCUCCUUCAGGAAAGCCGCCAGGCCACCGUCAACGCAAGCGCAUGGCGGCCACGCGUGUUCAGCACGCAGAACGACCUCACCGCGCUCUUCACCGGCGCCGACGCCCUCGGCUCCACCCACAACAUCGUGUCGCACGCCGCGUCCAACACGAUCUACGCCGUCGGCGGCGAGUCCGGCGCCAACGCCCGCGACACCCCUUGCGCGGCCGGCAUGUACAUCAUCGACGUGUCGGACCCGGCCAACCCAACCUCCCCCGGCUGCAUCCCGCAAGACGGCUACGUGCACGACUCGCAGUGCGUGACGUACAACGGUCCCAGCGACAAAUACAACGGCCGGCAAGUGUGCUUCAACUACAACGAGGACACCCUGACCAUCAUGGACGUCACGGACGGCCAGAACCCGGGAAUCAUCUCGCGCACCCCGUAUGACGGUGCCGCCUACACCCACCAGGGCUGGCUGACCGACGACACCAUGAAGUAUCUCCUGCUGGACGACGAGCAGGACGAGAUGCGUGGCACGGAUCCCAAUGCUGACGGCCAUACCACUACGUACAUUUUCGAUAUCUCUGACUUGACCAACCCCGUCAACACGGGCUACUACAAGAGCCCGGCCAAGUCGAUCGACCACAACCAAUAUGUCCUCAACGGCCUCACCUACCAAGCCAACUACGGCUCCGGUCUCCGCGUAGUCGACAUCUCCGGCGUGCACGAGGACCCGACAGGCGGCAACUUCGAGGAGACCGGGUUCUUCGAUUGCCACCCGGAAGACGACGAUGUGAACGGCGAGGUCAAGUUCCUCGGCACCUGGUCGGUGUACCCGUACUUCAAGUCUGGGUACAUCCUGCUUAACUCGAUUGAGCGGGGGAUUUUCUCGCUUAAGUAUACUGGUCGGGAGGCUAAGUUUAACAACUAA